AUGGACAACCAGUUUGGACUAAUAUAUUCAGCCCGCCUGAGACCCGAUCAGAUAUGCAUGUACAAGAAACAGAGUUGCACGAGAUUGCGCCGUCCUGCAUUAAUGAGCAGAGACUGGGAAGACACGGAAAAGAGAAACAGUGGAAAGGAAACAAGUGUCACAGGAGCCUCAGAAACGGAUGAUGAUGAUGACUCUGAAUUUCACGGAGUGCCAUUUUCUUGCCCCGGAACCCCGUCUUCCGACUCCAACAAUGUUUCAGAUUCGGAAAAUGCGUCAGCAGUGUCGUCUUCAUCAUCGGAUGACGACGAUGACGAGUGGGCGGGCAGUGACAGCGACAGGAAACGAGGCACGUGCAAGGGGCUUGGCGACAGUGAAGACUUCGUGGACAAGUGCUUCGGGGUCAAUGGAUUGGACUUCUUCCAGCUCCCUGGGCAACAUAACAACCAACACUCUCAGCAACACUUGGGAUUGCAAGGAGGAUAUUUUCAAAACCAACAAAAUGCUCCACAAGGAGGAAAUGCUCCACCUGCAUACAAUGAAUUCUUCAGACAAGAUUCCAACAUGCAUGACUUCCAGAUGUCUGAAUUCUUUUCUGGAUCACCAUGUUCCAUCAGCAAUAAUGGCAGUUUGGUGGCAGGUGGUUCUGAAUGGUCCACUGCUUACCAAAAGAGCUUCCAUGGUUAUACCCUGCUGAAUUCCAAUGAGGCAACAACAGGAACUUCAGCAGAGAAUUCUCCGCAGUCCUACUCAAACGAAGGUCACACUCCACCCCCAAAAGUCCCUGAACAGGUGCUAAUCCCACCAACAAGCGACUCCGCCUCCUUGAGCACAAUUUUCGAUCCAUGCACAAAAGCAAAGUCCUUUGUGCUCAUUACUUCGCAACAAGCAUCAACAUCGGAAACCCCAAUAAGUCAUCCAUUGGGGAGCGAGGAGCGGUGCGUUGAUUUGAUGCAGCCGCGAAGAGCGACACCUAGACGUGAGAAAGUGAAGAAGCAGAAAAGUGUCAGCAGCUCACGAAAACAGGUGACGAAACCGACGAACCUUGAGCAUUACUUUGCCGAGUUCGAAAGUUACCUGGAUCCCAGGAUGCGCAAUCGUUUGAUCGCUGUGGUGAAUUACAUUCCACUGGCUGAACUGGUUGGUCCAUCUCCGCCGAAAAGCUUCAGCAAGAUGUUCCGGUAUUUGCGAAACCGAGAAUCCCAGUCUCGCUUGCCAAUCAUCAAUGCGACCGUUCUGCGUCUGAAAUCGGAGGAUUGCCUCGACUUGCUCAACAGACCGAUUGCUGUAGACGAAACGCAACUGGAUUCCACGACGACUUUCCUGCACAUUUUCGUUCAAGACUCGAUUCUUCACGCUGGCGGGAACCGAAACAAUCUUUCUUUGUUGGAAGAUGACUUGAGGAUCUUCAAGUUUUUGCUGGGCUGUGGAGCUGAUCCUUACAUUAGAAACUAUGAAAUCAAAGGAGACACACUGAUUCACUACAUGGCCAGGAUAGGGGAUGAAACUGCGUCUUUCCUGAAAAUCAUCACAGAAACCCCGGGUUUGUUCAACAAGGAGAAGUUCUUCUUGAAAAACUUCGAAGGAAAAUCUGCGUUAGAAGUUGCUUACGAUGCGAACGGAUCCUUGAGCAACUCCGGAAUAUUGAUACAGACGUGCAUCAUUUCGCAGUUGAUGUUCGACGCUCAGAAGAAGCCAAGAUGAUUCGUUUUCAAUUCCGGAAUGAUUUUAAAUUCGAUUAUUUCGAUGUGUUUUAGAGAAUCUAGACAUUCGGUCAUAGUUUUUUGCGGUUUUAUAGUCGAUAAUUCGUCUUCAUCGCUUUUGAUUAGAAUUGGGCAAUAUACGACAGGUUUGUGGACCAACAUUUUA